GUAGAGUCGUGGAGAAAAUUGUCUCAAUGUUUACCCUCUAUGGUCACUGAUGCUGCAUUUUACCUCCAGGAUAGUGAUAUGACAGCUGUUUAUGACAUAGUGGUACCAUGUACCAUAGAUCCUGUCUGGACUGAUGUACAAGUACUGACAUCUCAGAAUGUUUACAUGAACAGAUCAGUUUAUAUAUCUACUGUAGCUCUAUAUAUACCUGUAGAACAAUCUGUAUCUAGCUUGUGUACUUUAACAUUUUAUGGUCCUGGUUGUCUGCCUCUAGAUGUAACAGUAGUCUGCCCUCUACUGGCUAGUGUUGACUGGAGUAGAUUCAAGCUUAAAGUGGACAGUGAAUUAUUACCGACUUAUAAAGGAUUGCUACCACAUCAUGCCAGUGUUGGGUUAAAGACAUCAGAAAGAGGAUGUGAUAUUGGUUGUUUUGUAAUCCAAGUUUUUAUACUGCUACAAUUUGCUGACACAAAUGAAACAUUGGCAGAUUAUCAAGAAAUGAACCAGAAUGUUGCAUCAGUAUUACAAGAAUGUACCUCUACUAUGAUCAGUGUCAUACAGAAGAUUACAGACAAGCUUCUACAACCUGUUGUUAACAAAGCUAAGAAUAGAGAUAUAGUAAUGAGGAGUAUAAGUGGUAUAUGUAAGGCAGUCACAGACAUUGUUUCUAUGAGUAGUAAUGAACAGUUUAGAACAGCCACUCUACAAUAUAUGAAGGUUAAAGACACAGUGGAACUUGGAGUUGAGAUGAAAUGUAAACUUACAGAAAUCAGUCAAAGAAAACAUGCUGCAGUGUGGACUGGUUCUCAGAGAAAAUAUUCCUCAAAUUCUAAGAUGGAUCAAAAGUUACAAAGUGAAUCAAAGGGUAGCCAAGACAGUUGGUUUGAUGCCGGAACAAUAUCUGAUGCUGUGACAAGUGAUAGAAACAUUGUAAUAGAUCAGACAGAUUGUAUAGGGUAUGCUGGUAAUGGUGACAGGACAGAUGUUCAUGGUAACAGGACAGUGGAGGAACAACAAGAUAGUAACAAGAUUAGUGAUAUAAACAGAAACUCCAUUAUAAUCACUGACCAGACUAUAAACACCUGUCCUAGUUUAUACAAUGCCACUUUACACAGAAAUAAUGAUGGUACAUUGUCUGAUAUAGAUAAACAAACUGAAGAAAAUUGUGUGAGUAGAUUUGAAAGUAAAUGUGUGAAUCAAAACAAAACUCCUGAUAUACGGACAAUUAUAGAAGAUAUGGAGAAAGUGUCACCAUUCCAGCAGCUAGUCAUGGAGAACCAUAAUGCAUGUAUGGAUAUAACACCUGACUUGAUGCAGAUUACACAAAGGAUGAAAGAUGUCUCACCUUUCCAACAUAUUAAUGAAGAUGAUCAGGUAAAUUCCAUACAUGCUGAAAUAAGCAUUGAAGAUCCUUGUCCACGUGAUUCACAAACAGUCCCUGAUAGACAGUCUAAAGUCAAGGUUAUGACACCUGAUCUUGUACAUGUUAUUCAGGGUAUGAAAGAUGUUUCUCCGUUCCAGCAACUUGCUUGUGAUGACCAGAUAGUUCCUGCUAGUCCUAACAUCAAUACUGAAGAUCCUUGCCUAUCUCAACAAGUACAUGAUAAAAUCCAACAUUGUCCGGAUAUAGCACAUGCCACUGAACAUAUCUAUUUGAAUAAAGGUAGAAAUUAUGUAAACAAUUUCAAUCAUAAACAAUACACCAGUCAUAAUUCAUAUCAAAACCAAAGGUCAGCCAAGUUUGAAACUUCUCACAAUGAGAAACAUUCAGAUUCCAGUCAAAGAACAAGUAAAAUACCAAAAUUGCUGAGAUCUAAGACGGAUAAAGUCACUACCAACUUUUUAAAAACUGAUUUGCAAGAAUCAGAUUUAGAAAUAUUGAAAUCUGAGGAGUUUGGUGCAACUCUUGAGGUAGUUACUGAAUUCAUUGAUGAGAUGAAAUGUAUGGAAGAGUUUCCAACAAUCACUGAUCAAACAGAAGAGUCAAAAUAUGGUACUGUAGUGAAAGACAAGCAAAAUGUUAACACAGCAGAAAAGUUAAGUCAUGAUUCAGAUAUCACACAGAAUAGUAAGACUGGAGAUGACAUUGACAACAAUGAAGAUAUUAGUAAAGAUGAUGAUGAUCAUGAUAAAGGUUUAGAGAAACAAACUGGUAGAGACAAACAUGACAUAGAUGACUGGUUUAAUGAUGUGUUACUAGAAGUUGGAGAGUGGUUUGAUUAAAAAAAAACCUUUGAUGAUUAGUUAAAUGUGCUGACCAAAUAUGUGUCUAAUUAUCGUUACUAGAAUUAUUGAAAUGUCUUUUGUUAAGUUUAUAAAUUCGAUAUAGUUGCAAAAACAAUAAAUAUGGUAUUUUGAUAUGAAUGGGUUGUAAUAAAUUACAUGUAUCACUAUUCAAAUAGAUAGCUGAAAAUAUUGCAAUAUUCAUUUCAAAAAAAAAUGUUUAAUGUAUUAACUCUCAACAUACAUGUAACUUAUGGGUAAGUAAAAGCAUGAUCUUUGAUGCUAUUUCAUAAAAUAAAAUGACUUGGUUGUGGUUU